GCGGUUGCCGUCACUAAGGCCGUCACAUAUACGCACAACACGCACUGCUUGCCGUAGGCGCGCUGAAACCUGGGUAGGAUACUGAAUUCGGCGGGAGGGAGAGCAGUGUAUCCAUCCUGAAGUUAAACAAAAUCUAGAUAUACUUAACACUAAUCAAGUGUGUGGUGUGUAUUUAGGCGUUCAGAUAAACCUAAAGAUUGGUUAAGUAAAAGGUUUAUGCCAGACCAUACUGUUAGUUGCCUUUACCGCUGUAGUGUUGCUUUUAGGCAUUCCCCGGGAAACUGGUUUGAACGUUUGUUUUUGGUUAGCCACUUACUAGCGCUUCAGCAACAAUGGCGAAGGUACAGGUGUUGAAUGUGGCUGUACUAGAUAACCCGAGUCCCUUUGGAAACCCUUUUCAGUUUGAAAUAACGUUUGAAUGUAUGGAGGACCUCCCCGAAGACCUAGAAUGGAAGAUCAUCUACGUUGGCUCAGCAGAGAGUGAAGAGUAUGACCAAGUCCUCGACUCUGUCUUGGUUGGCCCAGUACCUGCUGGGAGACAUAUGUUUGUGUUUCAGGCUGAUGCCCCAAACACUGGGUUGAUUCCUGAAAGUGAUGCUGUUGGUGUAACUGUGGUGCUGAUUACGUGCACAUACCGGGGCCAGGAGUUCAUUCGCAUUGGUUACUAUGUGAACAAUGAAUACACAGACCCUGAGCUUCGUGAAAAUCCACCCAUCAAGCCAGACUACACACAGCUCCAGAGAAAUAUUCUGGCAUCAAAUCCACGUGUUACCAGAUUCCAUAUAAACUGGGAAGGCUGUGCAGAGCGAAUGGAAGACUGUGAAAAUGUGGAUCCCACACCGAACUCCAUGCUCCCUCCAUCUUGUCUCCCAGGCAAGGUCCCGCCCUUGGGGUUACUACCAGAUAACUCUAUGGACUGCUUAUAGAGACAACCACUUCUCCAAAGGGGAACUCACAGCAUGAGACCUUAUUUUGAAUGCCUGUGGACAUUCAAGUGUGGAUGUACAGACAUCUUUGCCUUACAGCUGCCCUUAUUUAACUGAAGCUCGCCUAAAAUGAACACUCUUCCUUGCUUCAGAUGAGUGUUUGCUCCCAGGAAGAUUAUGAACCUCUCACCAGUAUAAUCGUCACUUAUAAAUGGGAAGUUCCUUGCCGUGACGUUGAAAGCAAUACAAGUAUUUUAACUGAUGGAAAGGAAUGUUAUAUAUGAAACGGUGCAGCUGAACUGAAGCAGAACAAAAAGCUGAUGUGUGAUUGAUCUUUAUUCCUUUUGUUGGUGCAGAACUGAUUUGUGGCCAUUUAAGAGGAUUUCAGCACUGAAGCAAUAGGCAAAUAAAUUGCAAUAUGUUUAUGUACAGGAAUUUGCUAAUCUACCGUACUAUUUGUGUUCAAAUUCCUUUUGCACUUAGAAUUUUUCCCACUUAGAUUUUGGAGUUUCGUAUGGGAUUUCUAUGGGAUAUAUCACAACUUCCUUUUUUGUUUCCAAGGUUGUGCUCCAAAUAAAAUCUGUGUAUAAACACC